AUUACGAUUACAAAUGGCGAACUUGUAAAAGGAAGAAAUGAAAACAUGACGUUGUUAUUAACAAAUUCGCUUUAUUUCCUUGUCAUUGUCUUUCAUUUAGUUGCAGUACCAGAUUUUUGUGUCGGGUUUGAAUGCAAGCACGAAAAUACAGAUCUCUCGGCUUUAAAUGGCACAUGGCAGUCAUGGACAGAUGACUCUGUGAAUGAGAACAUCUCCUACCAGAUAAGCCUGUGUUCCCCACUAAAGCCAAAUGGUGCAGGCGGCAGCUCUUGUGCGACAGGAACCUCUGUUUGUAUGAAAUACAAUGACACGGCAUACUAUUCAGCAGGCAAUUUUAAUGUGAGUGCCCCGGAGCUGACUGGUGGAUCAAAUAAUGAUCUUGGAGAGUCGUGGAUUAUCUUGGCAGGAGAUCCAUGUCCUGUCGACAAUGUAUACAAUCUGACAACUUCUAUCAACUUUAAGUGUGGUCCAACUUUGGGGUCGCCUGUUUUUCUUGACUUCACAUCAUGUGUGAGCUAUUUUGAAUGGGAGACUAAUUUAUAUUGUAAAACUCGCAACACAGAGAAAGAAGUAAAAUGUUACUUGUAUGAUGACAGCGGAAACAGAUAUGAUUUGUCUCCCCUGGCAAAAACUAAGGGAGGUUAUUUGGUGUCAUCAGAAUUAGAUACAGACGUUUACAUUAAUGUAUGCAGAGAUAUAGAAGCAGAUCCUCUUACCACUGGAUGUCCCUCCACACACGCAGCAUGCAGGAAAUCUAACGGUGUAUUCAUGGGUCUCGGUGAAGUAACUGAGGAUCUUAAACGUGGAACUGAUGGGAGGCUGGUGUUGAAAUAUGUAUCGCCAAAUUCAGAGGCAAUGGCUGGAUGUACCACAAAACCUUCUACUACAAUUAUAUUUAUUUGCCCAGAACGAGGAGUGAGUAAAGACCCAUUGAUCAUUGAAGACUUUAAUUGCCAAUAUGUUAUAGAAUGGGAAACAGAAUAUGCCUGUGUUGAGGCUAAACUUCACAAUAACUCUUGUGUUCUUACAAAGGAAGAUGCUGAUAUUGACAUUGACCUUCGUCCUUUAAAACGAACUCGAGGAAAUGCAUACAAAGUUAGCUGGCCGGAUUCAAGCAGUAGCAAAGGGACCAUUUAUGAGGCUUUCCUGAAUAUAUGUGAUGAUGUGGGCAUUCCUUGUCCGGAUGCCGAACACGAGGACAGGAUUCCCUCGUGCCAACUUAUCAAGGGCAACGAUGACUUUGGACGAGCUCUUGGUAGCACAGAUCACACUACGUUAAGCUAUGCAGACGGCAAGUUGACCUUGACCUACAAAGGAGGAGAGAAAUGUCAUCAUAACAACUUCCAGCGGCAGACGGUCAUCAACUUUGUCUGUAACCAAACUGCAGGAGAUGGAAGUCCAGUGUUUGAGAACGAGGAUGACUGUAUAUAUAUGUUCACAUGGCCGACCAAAUACGCUUGCUUGGAUCAUCCAAAUGAAGGCUCAUGCAGAGUUGAUGUCGGUGACAAAAAAUACGAUCUUGGUCCACUUUCUAGAAGAGCAGGAACAAACUGGAUGGCUUUACAUGAGCAGAAUGACCUGUUUGGACGUGGUCAAUAUUUUAUUAAUGUAUGUCAUAACAUCAUACAGACAGGUGAAGCAUCCCGUUGUGACCCCGGGGCAGCAAUCUGUUACAGGGAGGGUUUAAGUACCAAGAACCUGGGACGUUACGAAAGCAAGCCUGUAAUAGACAGUAGAACAAACAGGACGGUGAUAAGUUAUACCAAUGGUGAUAUAUGUCCUGGAUAUACAACCAAGAUAUCUUCUAACAUUACAUUUAUAUGUAAACCUGGAGAUGGUGAUAGUGCUCCAGUUUUGAUACAGGUGUCAGAUGACCAAUGUUUCUACGAGUUUGAAUGGAGAACUGCUCAAGCUUGUUCCCUAGGCCAUUAUACUGGGACAGAUUGUAAAAUUAACGCUGAUGGUUUAAGUUUUGAUCUGACACCCCUGACGUCAACAAGUGCAUCAUAUAAAGUGAGCUCUACCACUGAUACUGACCACUUCUACUAUCUGAAUGUUUGUGGACCAGUGACUGACCAGUGCAAAGAUAGCGAUAUAAAAGAUGUUGGUAUAUGUCAAGUGCCAAAAGACGGAAAUGGAGACUCGUAUGUUACUGGUCAGUGGGCAUCCGUGUUGCGGUAUUAUGAUGGAAUGAUCAACUUGACGUACUCUGGGGGCACCCCAUAUAAUGAUGAUAACCAUACCAAAAGAAAGUCUGAGAUAGCCUUUAUUUGUGACCAAGAUGCCGGGAAAGGACAGCCACAGUUCCUAGCUGAAUUGGCAUCAGAGCAUUACUACGGGUUUGAGUGGCGAACAUCUUAUGCAUGUCCUAUUGAAGCAAUGCAGUGUACUGCGGCAGAUGAAAAGUUAAAUCAGCAAUACGAUUUAUCCAGUCUGACGUUGACGGACGGCAACAACUGGGCUAUUGAUGAUAGCUCAAACAGGAAAUAUUACAUCAAUAUCUGUCAACCGUUAAACAAAGUUCCUGUUGGCAGUGGAUGUGAUCCCUUAGCUGCAGUGUGUAGAACCAAGUUUGAGAACGGACAAGAGAAAAUAGAUGUAGCAAACAUGGGGAGUGUAGAAUCAAGGCUUGUGGUGGAGGCCGAGGACAAAUUGAGGCUUGUAUACAAGGGAGGAAGUUGUAAUAACGGAACAGCCAAUGUUCCUUACGUGACUAACAUUGAGUUCCUGUGUAGACACAAUACUUUGACAUCCCCUCCAAGUGCCCCAUUACAAGAUGGUCCGUGUGAGUACACCAUUGUAUGGGACACGCCUGCUGCAUGCCAUCUGCAGAAGGACGAUGACAUGGAACCUUGUACAGCAAAAGAUCCAAAUAGUGACUAUGUGUUUAAUUUAUCUCCCCUGACAUCAGAGGAUCACCCCUGGAAUGUCACUGUUGAUGGAUCUAAUUAUCUCAUCAACAUUUGCGGCAAUAUAUCUGAGACGAUAUGUCAGGGAAAUGGUUCUAAGCAGUAUGGAGCUUGUGUACAGAAAAAUGGUAUUACUCAAGGUUUAGCAGAGGCAAAGACACUGCUGGAUUUUACUGAAUUUGGAGCAAUGUCCAUAUUGUAUGAGGGAACCAGGUUAGGCAAUGGACUGAGAAUUGAUGUGAAGAUAGUUUUUAUGUGCGAACCUGGUAAAGAUAUUGGCUACCCUUCCUUUCAAGGAAAACAGGGAAAUACAUAUGUCUUCAAUUUUUUCACGGCUUUGGCCUGUACUCCAGUAUCUACGGACUGUUUUGUCCAGGAUGAAGCAGGGAAACAGUAUAACCUUCGACCUCUUACGGUUGAAGGCUACUACUCUGCUACUGAUGAUAGGGAUACCAACACUAAAUAUUAUAUUAAUGUGUGUGCACCUGUUCAGAAUGUUCCAGAUGGAAAGUGUAUAGAUGGACCAAUCGGAGGUUGCCAGGUGGCUAGUAAUGGUAAAUCAUUCAACAUGGGCUAUAUACAAUCCAAGCCUAUUGCCCAUACUGAUGGCACAUUAACAUUACACUACAGAAAUGGUGAUAAAUGUCAUAAGGGUACUAAAAACGAAGCUCAUCGAUCAACACGGAUUAAUUUUUACUGCUCAGAUACUGAGCAUGAUCCUGUGUUUGGAUAUGAGACUCAGACUUGUGAGUAUGUAUUUGACUGGCGGACACCUUCUGCUUGUGCUGUCGGGUCCUCUAGUGGUGGUCAAUGUAAAGUCGUAGAUCCCCUAUACAAGCAUCAGUUUGACCUUAAUGCACUGGGAUCUCGAGAUUAUAGUGUUACCGUUGACGACGCUAAAUAUGACAUCAGUGUUUGUGGACAUUUACAGGAUACAAGCAAAUGUGGAGCUAAUUCCGGCGCAGGAGUUUGUCUGUCCAAACCAAGUGUUAAAAAUUUCAAACCUAUAAUUGCAGGCAAGGCCAACGACAAACUGAUAUUUGAUGGUGGAGACUUACUGUUGAAUUACACCAGUGGAGAUAACAACUGCUACACCCUCAUUAAGUUUUCCUGUGAUCAAAAGGAGGAUGGAAGUAAAGGUCCACAGUUUGUAGAGAAAUCAGAACAAAACUGUCACUAUUUGUUUGACUGGCCGACACAGCACGCAUGUCCACCAAGAAAAUCAGCUACAUGCAGUAUUAAAGAUACACAUGGAAAAUCCUAUGACCUCAGCGACCUUGAACUUUGGAAUGACAAUUAUGAGGUCACAGAUACAAUGGAAAAGAAACGUUACAUUAUCAAUGUUUGCAGAUCAAUUAUAUAUAAAAAGAAUGCUACAUGUCCGUACACAUCAGCUGCAUGUAUGGUGGAUCUCACUAAACCUGAAUCAUCAAAAGACAAGUAUAAGAAUAUUGGAGAACCUAACGGAUACCAGAUGAAGUUUGAGAACGGUCAAAUUGUUAUAACUUACACCAAUGGAGACAAAUGCAGUAAUGGAAAAGAUAAUAUGACAACACAUAUAGUAUUUAAAUGUGACAAAAAUGCAAGACAUUCAAGCCCGGCCGGUCAUUUCAUGGUAGGUGACUGUGAUCACCAUUUUCUGUGGACAUCAGCAUCAGCCUGUCCACUCACAGAUACCAGUGAUGGUGGUGGUAGUAGUGAUAUUACAUGCAAGGUUACCAAUCCUGCCACAGGGAGUGUAUUUGAUUUGUCAGUUUUGAAAUCCACUUCUAAAGGUUCAAUGUACAGUGUUAAAGAUAAGAAUAACAAUCUGUAUGAGUUUAACAUAUGUGACACUGUCUACAACAGCAAAUGCACGGAUGCUGAAAAGAAUGCAAUAGGUGUAUGCCAGUCACCACCAGAGGGCUCUGAUCGUCCUACUUACAAUGCCGGAAAGGCUGUCCAUAAUCCAUGGUUUGAUGAUGGUAUCGUUGUUCUCAACUUCACUGGGGGCGACCGUUGUCAUAACAACCAGUAUGAAAGAAACACGAUAAUUUCGUUUGUCUGUAACAGACAUAAAGGCAUUGGUCGUCCAGUGUUUGUAGAUGAGACUGAAGACUGUACUUACUAUAUAUCCUGGCAUACAAAUAUUGUCUGUGAACAAGAGCUAAAAUGCUCCGUAGAUACAAAUGAUUACAGGACCAUAGAUUUAUCUCCCCUUGCUGAUAAUCCCGAUCAAGUGGUACACUCGACAGAGGAUGGAUCUAUUUUCUAUCUUAGUGUGUGCUCGUCACUUACCCCUACUACUGGUCUCCUAUGUCCGGCAGGUUCGGGCUUGUGCCAAGUAAAAUCCACAGAUAAAGUCAGUCAUACUAGUUUAGGUAAACCAAAGUCUUCACCAACAUAUGAUAAAACAACCAAAGAUAUCAGCUUGAUGUACGUGAAUGGGUCCAAAUGUGAUACAGAUCCCUCAAAGAAUUUCUCAUCAAGAGUUAUCUUCUCCUGUCUUCCUGGACCAGUGAGGAGUAGCCCAAGGUUUGUAUCGAAGGCAGACUGUGAGUAUGUUUUCCAAUGGGAUACAUACACAGUUUGUACAGAAAGAAAACAAACAGAAGCUGUGUGUGGUUACCAUGACAAGACUGGAGAUUUCUAUGACUUUAAACUUCUUCAGCAAGAUAAACCAGUUGAGGUAAAAGUAAAAGGAGAGACAAAGUAUCUGAUAAACAUGUGUGCUGGUAUAAAAAGUGAUGACACUUCAAGCUGUGAUUCUCACAUGGUGUGCCGUAAAAACGAUGGUCUCUCAUUUGGGGAACCAAAUAAUUACAAGGUGGCUAAAGAGGGACAAUACUUGAAGAUGACGUUUGAUAGUGGAGCAAAAUGUGCAGGAGAAAGAAAUGCUGAGAGCUCUAUACAGUUUGUAUGUAACAGAGAAGCUGGUCAAGGUACUCCUAUAGUUCUUGCCUCCAUGAACUGUAGUGUAGUGUUUCAGUGGGAAACAAGUUAUGUGUGCCCUACCCAGCAAAACCCAUGCAGUAUUGUCAUAGAUGAACACCUUUAUGACCUUUCUAUACUCUCAAAGAUUCAAGGAGCAUGGAAUGUCACAGAUAAAGAUAAGAAUACAUACUGGAUUAAUGUAUGUACAUCUGUAAUUGGUCCCAAAUUGCCAGAUGUGUGUGAUGAGAAAGCAGCUGCAUGCCGGAUGUCCAAAGAUAAGACAGGAGGAGAGGUGCUUGGGCUUGUUAGUGCUCAGAAAAAAAUAUACAAGAAUAGUGAUACAGGAGCUCUUGUAUUGGAAUAUGCUGAGGGAAGUGCAUGUUCGGACAGAGGUGAUCCGGCUACCACUAAAAUUAAUUAUAUAUGUGGAACUACUUUUGGUGCCCCAUCAUUUGUUGAAAGUGAUGCAAAUAAGAAAUUGUGCAUAUAUGAGUUUAACUGGAAAACAAAGUUUGCAUGUAAGGUUGAAAGUGAAAGUCUUAAGGUGACACCACGGGUAUUUCUCAGUGACCUAAGCUGGUUUUAA